AUGAAUAUUAACUCCAUACAAUCGGCUUUGUUAAAAGCAAGCUCACUUUUAAGAUUAAGAAUAUUAUCCGCAGCUAUGUCUUCCAAACCUUUAAGUCUAGAAAAAUUAGAAAAUUUAAGAAACAAUUUUUAUGCUGAUCCUAAGAAUGAGCUUGCACAAAAUGCAUGUUCACGAUUUGAUCCGUUUGAAGUAGCUAUCAGUAAAAGGAAGACAGAUAAAUGUCUACAUGUUUAUAAUAUUAAGAUUGAUUCAGAAGGCAAACCAGUUACAAAUCAAGAAAAUACUGGCAGGUGUUGGCUAUUUGCUGUUCUCAAUGUUAUGAGAUUGCCAUUUAUGAAAAAAUAUGGUAUUGAAGAGUUUGAAUUUUCACAAAGCUAUCUCUUCUUCUGGGAUAAAAUAGAAAGAUCUCACUAUUGGUUAAACAAUAUAGUGGAGACAGCGAAGCAAGGAGAAGAAUUGGGAGGACGCUUAGUCAAUUUUCUUCUAAAGGAUCCCAUAAACGAUGGUGGACAAUGGGAUCUCAUAGUGAACCUGGUGAACAAACACGGCUUAAUGCCUAAGAAAUGCUUCCCAGAAACCUUCAGUUCAAGACGGAGCUUGCAUAUGAAUGCUUUGAUUAAAACUAAGUUGCGCGAAUAUGCCAAAGAAUUAAGAGAACUAGUGGCUAAUAAUACGUCCGAUGACGAGAUACAGAGUGCAAUUGAUAGACAGAUGGCUGUUAUAUAUAACAUUGUAUCGACAUGUCUCGGAACUCCUCCACAAAAGUUCACAUUUGAAUACUACAACAAGGAGAAAGCCUACAACAGCUUCGGUCCUCUCACGCCUCAGGAGUUCUACGACAAACAUGUCCGGCCGGUCUUUGAUGUUAAUGAUAAGGUGUGUCUCGUGAGCGACCCGCGCGAGGCAAACCCCUUCGGCCGCCUCUACACGCUGCAGUGCCUCGGCAACGUAGUGGGCGGCCGACAGACCGCAUACAACAACCAGCCUGUCGAGACACUUAUUAAAGUAGUAAAAGACAGUAUACAAGCCGGUGAAGCGGUCUGGUUCGGAUGCGAGGUGUCCAAGCGUUUUGAGAGAAAGAACGCUCUAGAAGAUUUAGAUGCGCAAGACUACAAGCUACUAUUCAACACCGAGGUGCAGAUCGGGCUGAACAAGGCCGACCGCCUGCUGUACGGCGACUCCUGCAUGACGCACGCUAUGGUCUUCACAGCUGUUGGGACUGAUGAGCAUGGCAACCCUACGAAGUUCCGAGUAGAAAAUUCGUAUGGAGAUAAGGAGUAUGACAAGGGUUAUCUCUUGCUGACUGAGCCGUGGUUUAGAGAAUUUGUUUUUGAGGUGGUUGUAGACAAGAAGCAUGUUCCCGCAGAAGUUCUUAAUGUGUUCAAGCAAACCCCGACGGUGCUGCCCGCGUGGGACCCCAUGGGCACUCUCGCUUGUCCCAUAUGUAAUAAGGAA